AUGAUAUUAAUGAUUGGGCAAACUGCUGGCGCGCUGAUUUUUACUAGCAUUGCGGACAAGCAUGGACGCAAACCGGUUCUGGUGGUAUGCAAUCUCCUGCUGGCCGCAGCUGGCUUUGGAGUAGCCUACGCCCCAAACAUUUAUGUGAUGAUCGCUUUCCGAUUUCUGUGUGGAUUCUUCCAACAGGGAACUGGUUUGGUAGGACACACGAUCUUGAUGGAGUUUCUCACAGCCAAAAAUCGACGCAUUGCUUCCAUUUUAUCUGGUCUUUACUGGACAUUCACAGUGGUGCUAUUUGGACUGAUGGCUUACUUAAUGCGAGAUGAAAGCUGGAGAAUGCUUCAGAUGGCAGCCGCUGUCUGUGCAUGCAACGUUGUUUUAAGUCCGUUCUUCCUGUAUGAAUCACCUCGUUGGUUAAGUGCAAACAAAAAGUACGCCCAGACUCUAGGAGAUUAUCAGACAAGCAUGCCGGGUAAACAAGAGAGAUUACCAGAAGCAUUAAGUACUAUAAGAUCCCAAGUGGAGCGGUACAGCUUGCUUGACAUCGUCCGCCAUAGAUCCUUGUUUGUGUCAGCUCUAAUUAUGUGGUUUGUCUGGAUUACAAACUCCACAACUUAUUACGGCUUGUUUCUGACGUCUGCAUCAUUGGCGGGAAAUCGUUACCUAAACUUCAUCCUGUUGGGUUUGUCGGACUUGCCGGCCGACAUAUUGAAUCUAUUCCUGUUUGCAUUCUAUGGCCGAAAACCAAUAAUCAUGGGAUGGCUGGUCAUCGCCGGCACUGGCCUUUUCACAGCAACCAUGCUCAUGGCUUUUGGCUCCACACAGAUCACCAGCACGCUGUCUGUUGUCUUUUCAUGUGUUGGAAAGCUGGGUAUUGGUGCCAGCUUCAACAGUUUGUUCAUGUACACGCCAGAGUUGUUUCCUACAAAUCUCAGAUCCGCUGGCUUUGGAGUGUGCUCAAGUGUGGCCAGAUUGGGCGGGAUGAUUUCACCGUAUUCUCAGUCUCUGGCUGAGAUUGUAGUAUGGGGACCAGGCAUCAUAUUCUCUGCCAUGUGCUUCCUGUCCGCCAUUUUGUUCAGCAAAUUGCCAGAGACAAGAGGACAGCCCAUGCCAAACACAAUCAGAGACAUGAAACAGCGGGUGGCCCGUAACUACGGCAACAAGAAUGUUGAUGUACUUAACUAUGAGGCUGAAAUCCUCAAACCCAAAGAACUCACAAUUAAUAAUUAA